GAUAUCUAAACACUAGAGCCCUCUGACGUCAAGGCAGCCGAAUUCAUACGCUAUAGAGCUAUAAAAGGGUUAAGCGGCGUACGACUUUCCGUGGCAGAGUUAAAUAGCUGCACUUGUGUUGAUAUCAUGAUUAAUCAUAUCCAGAUUUAUGAUUAAAUAACUGUGUCUAUAAGAGCCCUAAAUAUUUCUAUCAAAUCUUGACUGUCAGAGUUCUCAGACGUAAAUCGCAAGAUACUUUAUUUUCCAGCUCUAUCAAUUUAAUACUCAAUCCCAUAUCAUCCCACCUAUCAUGGCACCGAAAGUCCUUGUUGUCUUAACCUCCUAUGGGGAGAUCCUAGAUUCCGCUGGAAAUCCGGUUCAGAAGACUGGAUGGUACUUGCCUGAGUUUGCCCAUCCAUACGAAAUCCUGUCGAAAAAGUGUGAGAUCGUAGUCGUCUCGCCAAAAGGCGGCGUCGCACCCCUAGACCCAAACUCAUUACAACCAUGGAUCCAAGACGACUCGUCUUCAACCGAUUUCUUCAACAACAAAAAGUCUCUCUGGGAGAACACCGCUAAGAUCUCAGACUUCCUAGGCCGUGCUGAUGAGUUCGACGCCAUCUUCUACCCAGGUGGACACGGCCCUAUGUUUGACCUCGCAACGGACAAGGACUCGAUCGCCCUCGUGAACGAGUUCUGGGCUAAGGGUAAGGUCACAGCCGCGGUUUGUCACGGCCCCGCUGCAUUCGUAAAUGUCAUACUCCCCAACGGAGAGAAUAUCCUAAAGGGCAAAGAUGUUAGCGCCUUCACCAAUGCAGAGGAAAAUGCUACGGAUAUGUCCAAGAAUAUGCCAUUUAUGCUGGAAGAUAAAAUAAAGGAGGGAGGUGCUAACUUCCAGAAGGCGUCUGAGUUAUGGGCUCCGACAGUGUGUGUUUCUGGGAAGUUGAUCACCGGCCAGAAUCCUAGCUCAGCGAAGGGAGUGGGGGAAGCUAUUGCAACUGCUUUGGGUGUUUAGGAUGAAUGUUGAUAUGGCUUAGAUCAUGUAUAAACAGGCUGGCUUUCAGUCUCAAAUACAUCGAGGCCGAAGCCGAAACAUCAUAACCUUAGUGAAACUCUAUAGUCUCAAUCCUAAUGUCUUGACGCGAAUAACUUAUAUAUUCCUUAUACAGUUUCGAUAGUCCAAUAUAUAUCAAAGAUUCAAUUCCUAGGCUCUUCGAUCCACUUCUGGUUUAUAUUAUCCUGCGCGAUGUGGUUGAACUCUCUAUCGUAUCAUGAGAUAGGCAUAUGUAUAGUAUCUUUAUAUUUAUUCGUCAC